AUGGAAGACAUUCACUGGGUGGACAAUCACACUGCACAGUCUGAUUUCAUCCUGCUGGGAAUCUUCAGUCACUCCAAACACCCAACUCUUCUGGGUGUGGUUAUUUUUAUAGCUUUCCUGAUGGCCUUCGUGGGAAACACUGUGUUGAUUCUCCUUAUACACUGUGAUGUCCGCCUCCACACCCCCAUGUACUUUUUCAUCAGCCAGUUGUCUCUCAUGGACGUGACCUACAUUUCUGUCACUGUGCCUAAGAUGCUCAUGGACCAGGUCACGGGUGUGAACACGAUCUCAGCCCCCGGAUGUGGGAUGCAGAUGUUCCUCUAUUCAACACUUGCUGGUUCAGAAUUUUUCAUUCUAGCUUCCAUGGCCUAUGACCUCUAUGUAGCCAUCUGUCUCCCUCUUCGUUACCCUGUCCUCAUGAACCACAGGGUGUGCAUUCUCCUUGCAUUGGGUGGGUGGUUUUUGGCUUCUGUGGAUGGAUUCAUUUUCACUCCUAUCACCAUGACCGUCUCCUUCUGCAGAUCUCGGGAGGUCCAUCAUUUCUUCUGUGAGGUCCCUGCUGUGAUGAAGCUCUCCUGCUCAGACACCUCCAUGUAUCAGACACUCAUGUACCUCUGCUGCGUCCUCAUGCUGCUCAUCCCUGUGACCAUCAUUUCAGGCUCUUACUACUUCAUCCUCCUCACCAUCCACAGGAUGAACUCAGCAGAGGGCCGGAAGAAGGCCUUUGCCACCUGCUCCUCCCACAUGACUGUGGUCACCCUCUUCUAUGGGGCUGCCUUCUACACUUAUGUGCUUCCCAGUUCCUAUCACACCCUUGAAAAGGACAUGAUUGUAUCCAUCUUUUAUACCAUAGUCACUCCUGUGCUAAACCCACUAAUCUACAGUCUCAGAAACAGGGAUGUCAUGAUGGCUCUGAAGAAAGUUUUGAAUGUGAGACCUGCCUCACUAUAA